GUAGGCGUCGAUUAAAGAUCUGUAAAGAAUAUUGCACAUUAUUGUAACAUUUAUGAAACAAUCGUCACUUUAAAAACCAAAAAACUUUUUCACAUUCAGCAAACGUUUUAAUGUGGAUGAGAAGUACAUUACUAAAAAAUCACCUCAGCCACCCCCCGUCAUGAUGUCCAGCAAAAGGCUGGACCGCUUUGAGGUGGCGUGCGAGUGGGCGUCGUGCAACUACAGAGGCCGCGGCAUGGAGGAGCUGAGCGACCACAUGUCAGAGCAUUUGAGAGACUACCUGGGGGACAAGGACGCCUUGGAAGACUUGGACGAGUAUGCGUGCCUGUGGAAAGGCUGCGAGUUCAUCUCCAUGGGCAGCUCGGUGGAGCUGGAGGCGCACGCGUACUUCCACAACUACCACGGGAAGCUCAAGUUCGUGGGCUCGCAGCUGCUCCAGUCCCACCCCGACCUGCCCGCGUGCAACCAGGCCGCCCACAACAACAACCUGUUGCCCGAGGGCUCCGACAGACACCAGUGCCAGUGGGAGAGCUGUGAUAGCACGUUUACCAACCCCGAGUGGUUCUACCGCCACGUGGACAAUCACGUGGAAAGCGCAGAGCAGCAGCAGCUCUCCUGUCAACAACAGGCUCUCCACUGCCGCUGGUCAAGCUGCGACGCCUUCUUCAAGAUCCGCUACCGCCUGAGAGAACACAUGCGCAGUCACACGCAGGAAAGACUGGUGGCCUGUCCCACCUGCGGCAGCAUGUUCUCCAGCAACACCAAGCUCUUCGACCACCUCCACCGGCAGGCCCGGCCAGUGGAUUCACUUGUGUGUGAACACUGCGGCAAAGCCUUUUCCAGUGAGAGACUGCUCCGCGAUCACGUACGGCAGCAUGGGGAAGGAGGAGUUCACCGUGCUAAUCUGAAAACAGACGUACAGACAGCUGCAAAUAAGUAUUUGAACACCUUUCUAUCAGCGAGAAUUCUGACCCUCAAGUCAGAGAGCUUGAAUCAGGUUAAGUGUCCCUUCUGCGACAUGACGUGCACGACGUUGGCCGCCCUCAAGAUACACAUUCGGUUCCGACACUGCGACGAGCGGCCCUUCCCUUGUGACUUUUGCGAGAAAAGCUUCAAGAACCAGCGAGACCUCCAGAAGCACACGGACGUCCACAACGAGGGCUCGGUGUUCCACUGUUCUGUGGAAGGUUGCGAAUAUUCCUGUCAGACCUUCCAGACCAUGAACCAUCACUUCAAGAGGGUGCACGAGGUCGGGGGCAUGUCCAAGUACAAAUGUCACCUUUGCGACAAAGUGUUCUCCUGGUGUUACACGCUCACUCUUCACCUGCGAAAGAAACAUGAGCUGAAGUGGCCCUCGGGACAUUCGCGAUUCCGCUACAGGAAGGACGUGGACGGCUUUCUGAAGCUGAACAUGGUGCGUGUGGAGACUGAGGAGGUGACCAAGGAGAUCAUGAAGAACAUGAACAAGAAGCCCGUCAGCCUCCGCAAGAGUCAGCGAAGUCGCAGCGAGAGGGCCGCCGUCACCCCGGACAGCGGGCGCCCCUCCGCGGAGGACGCGCCCGCUCGGCCCGGCCCCCGGGGAGGCUGCGGCGACUCCCCCGUCUACUGCGUCAUGAGCGCCAUCCCGCACAUCGAGGACGACCUCGGGGGGAGCGGCCAGGAGGAGUGCGACCCCGCCGGCACGUCUGGAGCCGUGCGGGCCCUCACCGCGGUGGCGAGGGGCCUGGGGAUGGACGUCGUGUGACAGCUUCGACCUCAUUUUAUUGUUUGGGUAUUGACUUGAAUUAGCAAUGUUCCAGAUGAAUUUUUUUUUUAAUUUUCAAUAUUGAGUGAGGUAUACUUCUGCUUUUCUAGUUACACGUGUGCUUUUGUAUCUUUUAAAUUUUUUUUUUUUUUUGUAUGAGCUGAUGUCGCAUUAUCAGGCGAUGAUACAUGCCUAAUAAACACCUGGGUAUCGAGUCCUCAGCCAGUUGGGACAGAUUCAACCAUACAUAAGUGAUUUUACAAUAAAAAAAAAAACACAUUUAUAAGUUAAAGGAAAAAAAGUAUUGUUAUUGCAGACUUGUGAAGUUGAUUUUACUGUAUGAAAUACAGUAAAGGUCUUAGAAGCAUGCAAAAGUAAGUCCAAACUAUAUGCAUACAUUUAUAUUGUAAUAUAUUUAUAAAUUUAAGAAGAACAGACCUUAAUAAUCGAUGCUCUGUGUGUCCCGAAUGGCCCUUCGCAAACUGGGCUGAGCUUUAAUUUGAUCCAAUUAGGCUGAGCAUAAGAUGCUGAUUGGAUGAAGCUUCGCGAUGGCUCCUUCUCCUUCCCUGGAUCAAUCCAAACUGGCUCGUUCGCUCGUAUCCGCAUUCUGGAACGGAGGACGGCUGCUUUGAAAGAAGCCUUCAAAGCGACAAUGUGAAGUUCCUCGCCAAACGGAGAAAGUUUGGCCUCGUAGCGGAGUCUCCUUACGAAAACCUGAUGUACACUUGAAACGAGUUUACAUACACUAAUGACUAACUCAGUGUCUGAUAUGAAAUCAGACUUAACUUCUGCCAAUUCGAACUACCCAAAUUACAGUACUUGUACUUCCCAUCUUAUGUCAUGAGACAUUACUUUAUUAUUUCCUCGUCAUUCCCUCAGGAUGCCAUUUAUUUUGUCAAGUGCACCAACCCCUCGUGUUAAUAAACAUCACCACAAAAUGAUGUUGCCACCAUCAUAUUUCAGAUUCCUUUUUUUCCCCCCUUCACAUGAAAGGACAUUGCAGCCAAGGAGUUCAAUUUUAGUUUUGUCAGAUUGCAGGACAUUGUACGUAAAAUUACCGCAAUAUCCGGCCUAUAAACCGUGACUUUUUUCACACCUUUUCAACCCUGCGGUGAUGUGGCUAAUUUGUGCAUUUUUUCUAACGGUCACAAGGGGGCACUCGAGCAGAAAAGGUAAGAAUGAGGCUGGGGGAAUAUAUGUGCCGAGGAAAUGACUUUUACCAGUAAGUUUUUCUUUUUGACCGGUGCUGUUAGCAGGGUGCUAGCAUUAACGUCACGCUAGCGUGUUGCUUGUGUGUUACUGCCGUGUCCCAGUGAUUUAGGUAUGUUUUUUUUUGACCGGCCAUGUUAGUGCUGCGCUACUGUGUUGCUACUGUGUAGCUGCCGACGCUGUUUUAUUUUUACGGUAUGUUUUUUUGUUUUUCUUUUUUAAACCAGUAU